UUCUAGCCUUCUUUAACGCUCUCGACCGUGAUUUCGAUCGCCCAGAGCGGGAUGAUGCUCCGGGCCAGAGUCGCGCGCAAUGUGGAUGGAUUGGACGUCAAGCUCUACGAGAAAGCCUUGCGUCUCCGGAGGAUCUUUCAAGAGCAGCGCGCAACGUCUAGUCCUAGAUAGAUCAAAUGAGAGAGAAAUGCGUUGACCUAAUUAGCGCUCGAAAAAGUUGAGUUGCUCCUCACAGAUCUCAGCAUGGCCGCCGCUGGUCCGGGCAGCGACAUUCCUCGCGACGAUGAUCCAGCAGCAGCGCGAGACGAUGAUCGCAAGAACGGAGACAAACUGUCGGAGGAGGAGCAAUCCCCGAUCGAGGAGGUCGCGCUCACGGUUCCAACCACGGACGACGCGUCCCUGCCGGUUUACACGUUCCGGAUGUGGACGCUGGGCCUCCUCUCGUGCGCGCUGCUCGCAUUCAUCAACCAGUUCUUCUCCUACCGCACCGAGCCGCUGACGGUGGGUGUCAUCUCCGCCCAGAUCGCCGCGUUGCCGCUGGGCCGCCUCAUGGCGGCGGCGCUCCCCUCCGCCCAGCUCCGCCUCCUCGGCCGCUCCUUCUCGCUCAAUCCCGGCCCCUUCAACGUCAAGGAGCACGUCCUCAUCACCAUCUUCGCCAACGCUGGAGCCGGCGGCGCCUACGCCAUUGGCAUUGUCAACAUUGUCAAGGCCUUCUAUGGCCGAGAGCUCAGCUUCGUCGUCGCGCUCCUCAUCACUCUCACCACUCAGAUCACUGGAUAUGGCUGGGCCGGGAUCUUUCGACGCUACCUGGUGGAUCCCGCCGAGAUGUGGUGGCCCUCCAAUCUGGUCCAAGUCUCCAUCUUCAAUACGCUCCACGAGAAGGACAGCCGGCGGAAAGGCGACGUUACCAGGUUGCAGUUCUUCCUUAUCACCCUGGCUUGCAGCUUCCUCUACUACUCGCUACCCGGUUACCUCUUCAAGACGCUGACGUCCAUCUCGUGGGUGUGCUGGGCCUGGCCGAAGUCGGUCUUGGCACACCAGCUCGGGUCUGGAAUGAGCGGCAUGGGGAUUGGAGCCGUCGGUUUCGACUGGUCGACGGUGGCCUCGUAUCUCUCCAGCCCGCUGGCGACUCCGUGGUUUGCCAUCGCCAACGUCAUGGUCGGGUUCCUCAUCGUCAUGUAUGUCAUCACCCCCGCAGCGUACUUUAGCAACGUCUACAGUGCGAAGACGUUCCCGAUCUUCUCCAGUCAGCUGUUUGCCGACGAUGGAUCGCGGUAUAACAUCUCCCGGGUGGUGAACGAGAGGUUUGAGCUCGACGUCCAGGCGUAUAACAGCUACAGCAAGCUCAACCUCAGCACUUUCUUCGUCUUCACUUACGGUGUGGGAUUUGCCGCGCUCACCGCGACGGUGUCUCAUGUGGUGCUCUUCCAUGGGAAGGAGAUGUGGAGUCGGGCCGUGGCUGCUUUUCACGCUGAGAAACUCGACGUCCAUACGAGAUUGAUGCGCAAGUACAAGCCGUGUCCGCAGUGGUGGUUUCUGGCGCUGUUGGCGCUCUCCAUCUUCGGAUCCAUCAUCACUUGCGUGGUUUUCAAAGACCAAGUUCAGCUGCCGUGGUGGGGAGUCCUCCUGGCCUGCGGCCUUGCGUUCGUCUUCACGCUGCCGAUCGGGGUGAUCACGGCAACGACAAACCAGACUCCUGGCCUCAACGUGAUCACGGAGUUCAUCAUCGGCUACAUGUACCCCGGACGCCCCGUCGCCAACGUUUGCUUCAAGACUUACGGCUACAUAAGCAUGCUCCAAGCGAUCACCUUCCUGGCGGACUUCAAGCUCGGGCACUACAUGAAGAUCCCUCCUCGCUCGAUGUUCACGGUCCAGAUCAUCGGGACCGUGGUGGCGGCGCUCGUCAACUUAGGCACCGCCUGGUGGCUCCUCACGUCCGUGGACAACAUCUGCCACACCGACAAGCUCCCGCAAGGCAGCCCCUGGACGUGCCCGAGCGACCGCGUCUUCUUCAGCGCCUCGGUCAUCUGGGGCCUCAUCGGUCCCAAUCGGAUCUUCGGCUCCCUCGGCCACUACCAGGCGAUCAACUGGUUCUUCCUGGUCGGGGCGGUGGCGCCGCUGCUCGUCUGGCUGGCCGCCAAGGCCUUCCCUCGCCAGCGCUGGAUCCGCUACGUCAACAUGCCCAUCCUCAUCGGCGCCACUGGAAACAUGCCGCCGGCGACGUCCGUGAACUACACGAGCUGGUUCGUGGUGGGAUUCAUCUUCAACUACUUAAUCUUCAAGCACCGGAAGCAGUGGUGGACGCGGUAUAACUACGUCCUCUCCGCGGCUAUGGACGCCGGGCUGGCGUUCAUGGGGAUCUUCCUCUACUUUGCGACGAGGGAAGAUCGAAUUGAGCUCGCUUGGUGGGGGCAGGACGUGGAUAACUGCCCGCUAGCGUCGUGCCCGGCUGCCAAAGGAGCUCGCAGUAGCGAUUGUCCUCUCAGCGCAUCGUGAAGGAGACGAUGGUUCUUCCAGCUCCCAUGGAUGGUUCUUCCAGCUCCCAUGGAUGGCUCUUCCAGCUUCCAUCGAUGGUUCUUCCAGCCUCCAUCGAUGGUUCUUUGAGCUUCUUCCAGCUUCUUCCAGCUUCCAUUCUUUCAUGCCUUGUAAAGAUCUUAUAUACCCCCAUUUAAUUUCUACCUUCCAA